UUUAUUGUCUAUUUAUUAUAUAGAAUCACUAGUUGACAUGAUCUGAAAUCCCAAAUCCUUCCAAAAGACCGAGUCAUCAACGGCCAUUCGCUGGGUCGUGCUCGGCCGGCCAAAAGUCCACACUAGGGUAAACUUUACUGGUGGAAGGACAUCUCUUCCUCAUCCCGCCUCCACCAAUACACACUACCCAUCGAACAUCAAAGCCUCGACGACCGCGAUACCCUCACUCGACACACUCUCCAACGAAUACGACGACGCCGACUGUCCCAUCCACUGCGGUCAACCCGCCACGUCCUCCCGACUCAAUAGCGACAAUCCGCGACCUCACAUAUUGAAACCCUCCCACAACACGCGAAAGACCCUGAUUUAUGCCCGCCAUCAACCUCCACCACCCCAAGCACCGCGGGAGAUAGGCUGCGUCAAACAAACGCUGCUGCCAGCAAUCAUCCGCGCCAUGAGAUGGCCGACCGCGACCACAUAACUGCGGCUCAGACAUAAUCUUCGUCAACGGUUGCGCCACGACUGUUGCGCCGCGACUUCCUACCCCCACCGCCUCACCAUGGAGGUUCGCGCCUUCUGGGACCAGGCCCACCAGCCCACACCUACCUCGUCCUCGUCCACGACGGUGUCGGUGUCGAGUUGCACACCGUUUGUCCUACCAUCGAAUGGCAUCAUCGAGUUCAACAGCACUGUAGACGUGCUGACCCAGGUCACCCUCGGUGCCGACGCGCACUUCUACCCCAACUGCACCGGCGCCAUAGCCCCAGACGUUACUGUGAUCAAUGGAAAUGUACCGGAGGCAGAUACUGCAGAGCGAGACCCGUUUUAUGCCUCGUCGCUGUCCGUAAUAUACGCCCUGGCCUCUACGACAGUGACGGCAUAUAUGCUUGUCAUCCUUCUGUGUAUCACACCGCGCUCGUUCGUAUCGGGCGGGACAGUCGUCCUCGGCAGCCGGGGAGGCUUCACCGGCAGCACUUCUGUGCGAGAAACAGGCGUUGGCAUUGGAGGUCGCCCUCUGCUACAAAAAGUGGCAGCCAUAAGCGUGGCCAUCUCGCUCAGCAUCGCUACCGCGAAUACCUUCAAUAUCGCCGAGCAACAAUAUAAUGCCGGAUAUAUGGACGCUGUGAUGCUGCAGACAGAGGUGCUUGGCAGCCGCGAACUCAAGGUCAUCAUGGUCAUCUCGGACACCUUCCUCUGGCUGGCACAGGCGCAGACGCUCAUCCGUCUUUUCCCCAGGCAAAGGGAGAAGGUCAUUAUCAAGUGGACAGCCCUAGCUCUCAUCACCCUCUCCGUCAUCUUCAGCAUCCUCGACGACUUCGUCUACGCAGGCUACACCCGCCCCGCCGCCUUCGUCGACGCCAUCCCGGCACUCAGCUACCUCUUCCAGAUCGCCCUCAGCCUCCUCUACUCCGCCUGGGUCAUCUACUACGCGCUCACCAAAAAACAAUACGCCUUCUACCACCCCCGCAUGCGCAACAUGUGCCUCGUAGCACUCAUCUCCCUCGUCUCCAUCCUCGUCCCCGUCGUCUUCUUCGUCGUCGACAUCUCCAUGCCUGACGUCGCCAGCUGGGGAGACUACGUCCGCUGGGUCGGCGCCGCAGCCGCCAGCGCGGUAGUCUGGGAAUGGGUCGAGCGCAUCGAAGCCCUCGAGCGCAACGAGAAGAAAGACGGCGUCCUCGGCCGUGAAGUCUUCGACGGCGACGAAAUGCUCGAAGUCACCCCCUCCACCGUCCUCACCACCGACCACCGCGGCGGCGGCGGAGGCGGAGGAGCCGGGGGUGGAGGUAGAGGCGGUGACCGCGACGGCUCUGGCGCAGCAACCAAAGCCUCCGGUGCAGGAGACCGCUGGCCAGGCCUAGGCGCCACAGCCCGUCACCGCAUUCCCCACCCCCCUCGUCGACGCGCAACAUCCAACCCCAUCCCCCCACAAACACCAUCCACAACAACAAACCCACAAAACCACCCCACCUGGCCCGCCCGCCCCCAGCCCGCCGCCACACCCGGCCCGCGCACCGACACCGCAAGCGCUGAGAGUACCGUCUACGCCAUUCGAUACCAUCCCAUCGGCGAUGCGCGCUCCGUGCGCGGUGCCAGCUUCGAUGUUGAAGCACAGCAUGAAGCGGUCCCUGUGGUCACCGGGAACGAAGAUUCCACCUCCGUCUCGACCUCAAAAUCCGAAGGUGCUACCAGCGCACCACGGCCACAGCAGCAACAGCCGCCACAAGGAACAUGGCGCAUCUGGUCCGCGAUCGAAGCACUAAACCCCUUCGCGCGCUCCCGCCAGCGUCCACCACCGGAAGUCUCAGCAAUGACAGUCCGUCGUCUCCCCCCGCCCUCGCGCCGCCGUCCUGAACCCACAGAAGAGGGAGGAGGGAAGUGGGACUGGGACGUCCUCGGCAAGCUUGAGGAUUUCGCGAGUAAGCGCGCCGAGAGGGUUCGGGAGAUUAGAGGCGGUGGUGGGGGACCGGAGAAGUUACCGGUUAUGCGAAUCCCAGCGCCGGCUACGAGGAGGGUUGUCCCGGAGUCGGUGGCCGUGCCGGAUGGUGAAUCGGAGGCGGUAGCGUCGACGUGGCCGUUGCCUUCGCCGGCGCCGUUACCGCCUGAUCCGAAUCCGACAUCGCCGGUCAUAGAUCCAGAUGUGCAGCCCCCCUCACCAGCUCCGUCGCCUGUGCAGCGCGUGAGAGAGGCGCAUGAGCAGGCGAUGGCGAGGAAUGUUACUAUGGGUGGGGGAUCUGUUACGAGCGGGGAGAGAUCGGCGACGACGACGGUUGAUAGAUCGUCUACUACGCGGUCGGGGAGUAGUGGAACGGGGGGUUUGCCAGUUUUGAGAAUCCCGGCACCGCCUUUGAGGGGGAGUGGGGGGGUGAGUUGAGUAGAGAGCGUCUGCGCGGAGUUUUUUGGUUUGACUUGAGCAUGGUUGAAUUGGGCGGCGGAGUGUAUAACCUAUUACUAACUACUAUUACUGUGACGAACUUUCCUUUUUGUUCUGUUCUGCUUUUUUGGAAGGCAUAGCGCGGCGUUUGGGAAAGGGAAAAUCUUGGGGGUGAGGGGAUGGGAGAUGGGGCGCUCUGGUGGUGAUGGGAGAGCGUUGGCGUUUUUGGGGAACCGGGGUGGGUGU